UUUACCAUUUUCCUUUGAAUUUAUUUCAGAUUUUGGAAAUGCAAAGAGGGAAUAAAAAGGAUAGAAAAUCCUGGACGGAAGGUCCUGUGAGGAUGAGUGUGGGAGGGAGGACGAGUGGAGCCGGGAAGGAAAGGACGAGCAGGGGCACAGAAAGGACGAGCAGGGGAUCUGAGAAUACUGGCUCUAAACUGCCUGUUAGUAAAAUUGCCAAGACAAAGAAUCAGAAUGACGGAAAAUCAAUGGUUAGAAGUAACUCAAUGUUUGAUCGACCCAGAGCAGAUCAGGCCAGAUCAUCCAGCAGUUCAAGGACUCCUAUGUCGGAAUUUACUUUUAGGAAACCCUACAAUUCUUCAGCAAAAAGCAGAGUUUCUGGACGCGGAUCUACCAUAGGAUCAAUUAGCGUUAGAGACACAAGACCAUUGUCAGAUAAAACUUACCAGAGUAGCUUAGUCAGAAGAAUACUGGAUUUUCUCAGGGAGAACGGAUACAGAAAUGAUGCAUUAACCUCGAAACACUUCCCUCUCUCUACGAAGGAGUUCACGGAUAUAUUCAACUUCACUUACAGUUUUAUAAAUCCUGAUGUACCGAGUGUUCUGCCCUACAGUAAAGCCGAGGAUUUGAUCACAAAUAUUCUCAAGAAUGAACUCAAUUAUCCAGGAACGAUCAGCAAAAGUAACCUAAUUACUAUGGGUUCUCUGCACAGUUGGCCAACAGUUCUAGGCUGUCUUUCUUUUCUAGUAGAAAGUGCAAAGGUGCAUCUAAAGGUUUCCGGAAAUAUUAUUCCGAUUGCAUUUCCGUGCAAGGAUGAACAAGGAUUCCCAAUAGACAGAGAAUCCAAGGAUAAGAUGAGGAUGGAGUACUUCACGAAGACCUACAACAUGUUUAUGCGUGAAUACGACGAGUAUCCUGAAGAGGAAGUGGAGUACAAGGAUAGACUCCAGGAUAAUCUAGAGAUCGACAUUCAUCAGCUGAAACGACUGGAUGAGGAAGUUAGAGCCUUACAUGAGAAGAACGAGCAGCUUAAAGCUGAAGCUCAGGAAUUACGUGAGAUGAAGGAGAGCCUGGAGAAGGUUCUACUAGAUCAGAAGAAGGUGGAACAAUACCACCACAAUCUAAUCAAGAAAAAAUCUGAUCUGGAGAUCAAGCAGGAGCAGUUGAAGAUGUACCUGGAGGAGGUGAACAAGAAGCUGGAGAACAUGGAGCAGACACUCAACCAGCUCAAAGAGGAGAACAGGUGUUUCGGAAAUAUAGGGGUAAACCUGGAGCUUCAAGCAGAGAGGCAAAGAAGUAUACUACAAACAGAAGAACUCAUUAAACAACUUCAAAGUGACAAAUGGCAGCUUGAAUUAGAGAUAUACCGUGACCUGGAUAGUAUAGAGAAGAUCUGCCGUGAGUGUAAUACUAUCAGUAUGGAGAUAGGGUUAAAGUCUGGGGAAGAAUUCCUUACUCUCCCUACACCAGGUGUGAAGGACGGGACGGUUACCAGGCCUCCAGGUUUAUCAACAAUACAGACAGAGCUCUCCAGCCUAGAAAAAGAGUUGAAGAGUCAGAACCAGGUGGAGAACCAGGAGAUAAACAAGAUUAAAACCAGACUAGAAGCUAAUCAGGGUUGGCUGAAUUCUGCUCUGAAGAAGUCCACUGAUUUAAAGGAUAAGCUGCGUGAGGUUGAGGAAACCCUAGUAGAGAAGAAGGCAAGGAUUGAAAAAGAAGAGUCAACUCUCGACCAAAAAAUUUCAUCCUUGAAGUCUCAGAUGCUUCAGCUGAGAAGUGAUUCACAGGUUUAAUUUUCUAAAUUUGUAG